AUGCAAAUUGGUAAUUAUAAUGAUAAAGAUUCAAUUCUUUAUUGUAAAAAGAAAUACAACAAAUGUUCAAUUCAUAAUCAUAUAAUAGUUAAAUAUGAAGACUAUUCUCAUUUUUCAAAGGAAGAAUUUACAAAAAAUAUGAUUACUAUAGAUUCUGGAAAAAAUCAUUUAGCAAUCUGUCAAUACAGUUAUAAUGAUUUGAACAAUUUUUCUAAAUGUGUUUGGUGCAAUUUAGAAUGUUGUUUUCAGAGAACAUUGGCUCGUUAUGAUGAAAAUUCAGGCCCAUUCGAUUACUCAGAUGGAAAAAUUUAUAAAGCUAGUAAUAAAAUUGGAAACAAUCAAUUUAUUAAAAGAACAAACAACAACAGCAAAGAAAUAAUAGAAGAUCUAUUUGAAAAAUGUUUGACAAGUGAUAAAGUAAUUGUUAAACAUAAACCAGAAAAUAAUUAA